AUGACUGCUCUGCUUCCCAACGUAAGUGUUCCUGGGAGUACAGCAGUUCUGCUGCCGAUGUCAGACUGUCCGUUUAACGUCACCGCAGCUGCUCAGGAAGGACUCGGUUCGGGCCAGUCACUGCCGCCGCUCUGCACCCUCUGUUGCUGUGGAUUUAUCAAUCGUACUUUGGCAGUGGUGUUCAUGGUCAGCCUGGCAUUUGCCAUUGUGGUUGGAAAUGUGGUCACCCUUACUGUCUUUGUGCAAACGAGGCAGUCCCGAACACCACAGGGAUACCUGAAAGUGUCUCUGGCCAUAGCAGACAUGAUGGUUGGUGUCCUCGUGGUCCCAUUCUCCGUCUACACUGAGAUCUCACUGAUGGUGACCAGCACACCUCCCAUUUGGUACCAGGGCAGCUCUAUUUCUCCGGCCACCUCCUCUUCUCUCGGGGGACUCGUGAGCCCUUGGCAGCCCUGCAUGCUGAUUGGUCCCGUGUUUGCUGGAUGCACCUUUGUCUCCAUCAGCACCAUCUUCCUCAUGACACUGGAGAGAAGCGUGGCCAUCCUACGGCCCCUCCACAAGGACGCCCUGGUGACCCGGAGAAGGACUCUGCUCCUCAUCCUGCUCUCCUGGGCUGCCAGCCUCCUGCUGGCUCUUGCGCCCCUCAUCUUUAGCAGAAACUUCACUUUGGAGUACAACGAGUGCAGCCGGAUGUGUAACUACACACCACUAUUGUUGGGAAGCCAGCUGCCACCUGAUGCCAACAUUUUGCUGUUAUUCCCAGCAUUUGACUUCACACUGCUCGGUGGCACAUUAGCAGUGAACAUUGUGUCUUUCACCAGCAUCCGACGGUACUCCCGAAAACGCAAACUGCUGUCAGAGGGGAGUCUGAGUGAUGGAGGGGGAGGAGGAGGGGCAGGGGGAGGAGGAGGAUGCUCUCACAGGCCCUCCUUCUCAGAUAUCAAAGCUGCCAAGACAAUUGGCAUACUGACAUUCGCCUUCACAGCAUCCUUCACUCCCAUCGCAGUGUUUGUGCUCGGGAACGUGGUGGGAUACACCUGGUGUAACUUUUCCUUUUUUGCCUUCUGGAUCCUGACAGGAAACAGUUGCUGUAAUGUCAUAAUCUACAGUGUCAGGGAUCACCGCUUCAGGAAGGGUGUGACCCUGCUCUUUCAGCGAGACCCUUCCCCCCCACAUUUCGAGAAGUCCUGA